AUGGUGAAAAGAAAGCCGACACGCACUCUGCCAGAGAUGCAGAAAGAGCUUGGAUAUGAUGGUAGUGCUUUAAGGCUAAACGUUGAAGAUUUUAGACGUUUUUACUCUGAUUUUCGCCCGGUUGGCAAAUCUGCCUUCGACCUCAUCAUGAGAGAAUACGAAGCAUACCAGAAGGCAAGAAAAUUUGAAUACAACAUUAGGAGUAGUGGUCAAAGAUUGACUAAAACACAGGUUGGCUUCCACAGGUUGGCUGCUGAUAUUCAAUAUGGCUUCGGGCUUCAUGUACCAUUUCUCUUAACGGAAAACGAAGUUCUUUGCAUAGAAGCAAUCGCACAGUUGCAACCUCAUGUACGCUAUGCUACUGUAUCGAAACUUUCACGACUCCCCCGAGAGAUUCGGGAAAGGAUAUACAAGUUUGCCCUCCACGGUGGAGAAUGGCACAUUGGGGAUAUCGACACUUUCAACAAAGUCACAUUUAUGGGUGGUGUUGGCGAUCCAAGUGGUUUCUAUUUUCCACUGAGCUCAGAAAUUGACAUGCUUAGUGUCAGCAGACAGAUGCGUCAAGAGGUACUCCAUCUUGCUUACCAGGUCACAGCAUUUCAUCUUGACGAUAUGGACGACCUAAUCAAGCUCCUCAUCGCGGUCGGCGAGAUGGGGCGAGCAAACAUCACAACCAUCCACUUUCCUUGGGAAAGCAGGUCCGAUCUUGAGUGUAAAUGGGAUGAGAACUCAGUUUCUGACGACAAUUUCCUACAACUUCCAGCUCUUCACGUAACGACAUGUAUCAAGCUACUCAAGCAAUGCAUCAAACUCAGAAAUUUGCGUAUCUAUUUCGAAGGCGCACUGAUAGAGGGGAUGGAUCCAAAAGCAUUCAAAACAAACCCGGGCAUUGAGGCACUAUACUCCGUCCAGGUUGACAACGUGGAGAUUUGGAGUUUGAGCGACGAGCCAUUAGGGAGGUAUCCACUUGCCUGUUGGCUUAAGAAGGGAAUGGAGCGCCGCGGUGGGCUGAAGAAAUCUAUUCUAUAA